AUGCCUUGGACGAUCUGGCCCGCUCUGAUUAUACUGUGGGGUGUUUGUUGGAUGUUCUAUGAGCCGCUCAAUCCGCAGUGGGAGAUCGACUUAUUGGAGAUUGAGGACUCGAGCGGGCAACUUCUGAGUCUCGAUUGCAAUCUUCCCGACUUUGAUUGGGACGCCCCAGAAUGGAGCCUAUCUCAUCCUGACUUCAUCGAUCCCGAGCAGCAACUGCAGCAGCUGAUGCCGGGGUUAUCUAGCAGUCUUACCAUACCGGAAUCCGGAGACUCUUUACAAAUUUCAUCAACAGUAAAGCCUCAAGACACAAUUUGCCCACGUGUCAGCACCGAUGAAGCCCCGGGCACUUUCAAUGUAGCUACAAGUGUCGCGACAUCUAGCGCCACCCGAGAAAUUGGAGAGGAGCAACAGUUAGAAGCGGUAGAGCCUACAGCCUUUGCAGCACCCGACAUACCAUCUCCCUUCCAUGAAAAGCCUCGAGAUGGCCCUCAGAGCGUUGGCACAGAUGCUCGACAUACUAAAGGCUUCCAAAAUUCAAGGCAUGGCCAUAUCCAGAAGUAUUACUGCCCUUACCCCAACUGCGGCCGUUCUAAGGAGGGUUUUGGCUUCCGUCGCAAAGAUCACUUGGAUCAACACCUUAAGGGGCCGCACAAGCAGUCAUCUGUAGCGAGAUUACGUGGAAGACCGGCGACUGGAUCGAGUUCCUUCAAUUCUGUCGCUACGAGCGAUAUCGCACGGGCCCUUUCACAGACCAAGAAGCGUAAACACAAUGAACAUGGCGAUCUAGCUGAGCACAGCGUAAACGAGCCCUCGGAUGUGCUCGUGAAGGAGCUAGCAGAAGAGCGGAGGUUACGUCUGGAGGCGGAACAGGAGAAUCAGCGGCUACGUCAGAAGCUUGAAAAGUACGAAGAGCGGAUGGAAAAGUAUGAGGAACGGUUGGACAGAAUGAUGACUCUUUUUGGAAACAACAAGAGUGAGGAAACGAACCUGGGAUGA